AGCAUAAACAAACACUUGCGACUGACGUAGCUACUUCAAAUAGGCUCGUGCCUCAGUCAGCGUUGCUCAUUUUGGAACAGACUGAAAGAAGGCAGAACCAAAAUGAAGAUUUUAUGUGUGUUUGUCUGCUUUUUGGCCCUGAUGACCACUUUUACAGACACUUCACCGAUUUUGGCUGAAAAAGAUGCCAAACAGAUUCUGAGAACUCGUCGUGAAGACAGACCAAGAAAAGCUGGAUUCCCUGAUGAGCCAAUGAGGGAGUACAUGCUUUACCUCCAGCGCCUGGAACAGAGAUCAGAAGAACAAUUUCUUGAACACUGGUUGAACCCACAUUGCCUGCCACACUGCAACAGGGACUUAGUCCAUCCGAUCUAAUGGUUUUGCCUACCCUGCUAUCGAUCUCUUCACAGGCGCUGAAGAGGAUCUAUACUAUGAUUGUGAUAAGGAGGACAAGAUUAUUCCUGCAUUGGCUAUGUGCUCAUUGUAGAGGCGAGCCUUUUCGCAAUAGCUAGUGAUAUAGGAAAACUUCCAACUAUACAUGGCAAGAUAUGUUAUAGAUCACCAUACAUUUUCUACCAGUAAUGAUUGCAUGUAUGAAUAAAUAAAUCAAGGGGUUUCCCCAGUUUCUGAGAUAUGGGCGAGAAGAAAUCACUGAUCAGCCCUAGGGCGUGCUUUUUAAGGGUAUAGCUGCAGAUGGUCUGAAGCAAAAGGAACUUCGAGAGAAAGGUCCAGAGAAAACUGGGGAAUAUAAACAUGAAGAGAAGGCCAGCUUGCUGGACUUCGGAGAAAUCCAUAAUUACAGUUCUAGGUUAAAUAACAAUAUUGUCUGAAGACAUAAUGUUUAUGCAACUAAUCUAUGUUUAAUUACCUGAUGAGUAUUUCACGUAUCGUUUCAUAAUAAAAGCUUGAUUCACA